CGGGAAGUUGGCGAGGGGCGCUGCUCCCGCCGAGGAGGAGGCGGCGGCGGGGCGCUGGCGCGCCGCUCAGGUGUCCGCUCCGCCUUCCGGCCUGAAUUUAGCUCCGUGAGUCCAGCGAGAAGGGGACCGCCGACACCUCGCCCUACUGCCGGCCCGAGCGCGACGCGGACUUCCACCGGAGGCGGGGCCCGUCAUCCCGGCGGCGGACCGACGGACCGACGCCGGGGACAGAGGGCGGUGGCCUCGGCGGAGGCGGGCCCCGAACCCCGGCGGCAGCCGCGCGGCCUUAGGGGCGAGCAUGAGCCCCGGGACGCCGAAAGGGGGCCGCAGGGGCUGAACCGGGCGCGGAGCGGCCUGGCCCAGCCAUCUUGACUGCGCACAGCGGCCCGCCCGAGAGGAAACUUGCUGCGCCGCCGCCCUAGGUGCCCGGCAAAGUCACCGGCGCGCGCGGAGAAAGCGAGCGAGAGAGGGACGAUGAGCCGGGGGCCGGCCAUUGUGCCCUGCGAGGGCUGAGCCCGGCCGGAGUGAGCGGGGCAGACCCGGGGACCGGGGUGCCCUCCGGCAGCCACCCUCGUCUCCCGCAGCGCUGUGAGGACGCGUCCCGCGAAGGGACCAGGCUAUCGGCAGACCUCCCCCCGAUCCCGGGAGAGGCAGGAGAGAGCCCGGCAGGGCGCCCUCUCUUCCCCUCCUCCGGCGCUCUUGCAGGAUCUCCCAGCGCCACUCCGCGCGCCGCCCGGAGGGCGAAGGCGCGUGGCCGAGGCGCGCAGCAUGGAGUGGGGUUACCUGUUGGAAGUGACCUCGUUGCUGGCAGCCUUGGCGCUACUGCAGCGCUCCAGCGGCGCUGCGGCCGCCUCGGCCAAGGAGCUGGCGUGCCAGGAGAUCACCGUGCCGCUAUGCAAGGGCAUCGGCUACAACUACACCUAUAUGCCCAACCAGUUCAACCACGACACGCAGGACGAGGCGGGCCUGGAGGUGCACCAAUUUUGGCCGCUGGUGGAGAUCCAGUGCUCGCCCGACCUCAAGUUCUUCCUGUGCAGCAUGUACACGCCCAUCUGCCUGGAGGACUACAAGAAGCCCCUGCCUCCCUGCCGCUCGGUAUGCGAGCGCGCCAAGGCCGGCUGCGCGCCCCUCAUGCGCCAGUACGGCUUCGCCUGGCCCGACCGCAUGCGCUGCGACAGGCUGCCCGAGCAGGGCAACCCUGACACGCUGUGCAUGGACUACAACCGCACCGACCUCACCACGGCCGCGCCCAGCCCACCGCGGCGCCCGCCGCCGCCGCCGCCGCCCGGUGAGCAGCCGCCCUCCGGCAGCGGCCACGGCCGCCCGCCUGGGGCCCGGCCCCCGUCGCGCGGCAGGGGCGGCGGCGGGGACGCGGCUGCGCCCCCCGCGCGCGGCGGCGGCAGUGGCGGCGGAGGCGGGAAGGCGCGGCCCCCUGGCGGAGGCGCGGCGCCCUGCGAGCCGGGCUGCCAGUGCCGCGCGCCCAUGGUGAGCGUGUCCAGCGAGCGGCACCCUCUCUAUAAUCGCGUCAAGACGGGCCAGAUCGCCAACUGCGCGCUGCCCUGCCACAACCCGUUCUUCAGCCAGGACGAGCGCGCCUUCACCGUCUUCUGGAUAGGUCUGUGGUCGGUGCUCUGCUUCGUGUCCACCUUCGCUACCGUCUCCACCUUCCUCAUUGACAUGGAGCGCUUCAAGUACCCCGAGCGGCCCAUCAUUUUCCUCUCGGCCUGCUACCUCUUCGUGUCCGUUGGCUACCUGGUGCGCCUGGUGGCCGGCCACGAGAAGGUGGCGUGCAGCGGCGGCGCCGGGGCCGCAGGCGGGGCGGGGGGCGCCGGGGGCGCGGCGGCGGGCGCGGGGGCGGCGGGCGCGGGCGCGGGCGGCCCGGGCGGGCGCGGCGAGUACGAGGAGCUGGGUGCCGUGGAGCAGCACGUGCGCUACGAGACCACGGGCCCGGCGCUGUGCACCGUAGUCUUCCUGCUCGUCUACUUCUUCGGCAUGGCCAGCUCCAUCUGGUGGGUGAUCCUGUCGCUCACGUGGUUCCUGGCGGCGGGCAUGAAAUGGGGCAAUGAGGCCAUCGCCGGCUACUCGCAGUACUUCCACCUGGCCGCGUGGCUCGUGCCCAGCGUCAAGUCUAUCGCCGUGCUGGCGCUCAGCUCGGUGGACGGCGACCCGGUGGCGGGCAUCUGCUACGUGGGCAACCAGAGCCUGGACAACCUGCGCGGCUUCGUGCUGGCGCCGCUCGUCAUCUACCUCUUCAUCGGCACCAUGUUCCUGCUGGCCGGCUUCGUGUCGCUCUUCCGCAUCCGCUCGGUCAUCAAGCAGCAGGGCGGCCCCACCAAGACACACAAGCUGGAGAAGCUCAUGAUCCGCCUGGGCCUCUUCACCGUGCUCUACACCGUGCCCGCCGCCGUCGUGGUCGCCUGCCUCUUCUACGAGCAGCACAACCGCCCGCGCUGGGAGGCCACGCACAACUGCCCGUGCCUGCGGGACCUGCAGCCGGACCAGGCGCGCCGACCCGACUACGCCGUCUUCAUGCUCAAGUACUUCAUGUGCCUGGUGGUGGGCAUCACGUCGGGCGUGUGGGUCUGGUCCGGCAAGACGCUCGAGUCGUGGCGCGCGCUGUGCACCCGCUGCUGCUGGGCCAGCAAGGGCGCGGGCGCGGCCGGCGCGGGCGCGGCGGGGGGCGGCCCCGGGGGCGGGGGCCCGGGGGCCGGCGGGGGCGUGGGGCCGGGCGGCGGGGCGGGCUCCCUGUACAGCGACGUCAGCACCGGCCUGACGUGGCGGUCUGGCACGGCCAGCUCCGUGUCUUAUCCAAAGCAGAUGCCAUUGUCCCAGGUCUGAGCGGAGGGGAGGGGGCGCCCGGGAGGGCUGGAGAGGGGGCGAGGAGACCGAGUGUUGCGGGUGGGGGGGACACUCGGAAGCAGAGGGUCCCCCCCUUCACCGUGUUGAUUGCUAUUAGCAUGAUAAUGAACUCUUAAUGGUAUCCAUUAGCUGGGACUCGCUUAGAACAAAGUACCUGGCAUUGAAGGCUCCCAGACCCAGCCCCCGUUCCUCCACCGACGGGCGAGGAAUUCCUCCCGCCAGGCGUUAAUUUGUCUUGGCAGAGGAGCGUGAGCUCUGCUGCCGCGUUUCCAGGACCCAAGGUUUGGAGCCCUCGCUGGUUGCCAUUUGCUGAGCUUGAAGCCAGACCUACAGAUUUCACCUGAGGGACCUAGUUUCCGCCCUCGACUCUCCUGCGUAAACCCUCACCCCUAACACGUCCUAGAGGAGGGAUGACUGCGACCUAAUGGGAUUGCACGGUUUGGGUAUUCUUAAUGACCAGGCAGAUGCCUUAAGUAAACAAACAAGAAAUGUCUUAAUUAUACACCCCAAGUAAAUACGGGUUUCUUACAUUAGAGGAUGUAUUUAUAUAAUUAUUUGUUAAAUUGUAAAAAUGUGUAAAAUAUGUACAUAUCCAAAGAUAUACAGUCUGUACAUUUUCUGUAAAAAGUUUAGAGGCCACCCCUGUAAGAACAAAUAUAAGUAUUCUAUUUUGGCAAUAAAAUGACUUUUGAUAAAUGAUUUAAACAUUGCCCUGUCCCCCUGCCUCUCCUAAACUGUUAAACCUUGAAAGUGCUUUUUGCUGAGGGCCCGUUGGAAACACGGACAUUUGCUAGUUUCUCAUUAUGUAUGCUGCCCUUAGGCAUGGAGAAAAUGACCUGUUAAACUCUAGUUCCUAAGUUGUUAGCAAAGUUGAAAUAUCACUAUUGAACUGGAAUCACGAUUAAGAUUUUGCACCUUUCCCGAGAAGGUGGUGUUUUUUGAAUGGCAGCUCUUUUCUGAUCCAUGGGUAACAACACUCACCUUAGUGUAUGUAAACGGAACUUUUGCAAGGCACUAAUUCCACUCCGCCUUGUUAUUUAUCUUGUAUGAUAUCACUAAAGGCUUCAAACUCCACGUUCGUUUCUCACGUCUGUGAUUCUGAAAGCACCUGCUCUUGCGGGACUGAACACACUGCUGAAGGGUAGGGUAGAGGUUAAUGUUUUAAACCAUCCAUCACACUUUACAGUGUUAAGUCACUCGACAAUUUGGUGGUAGAGCAGGCGCUCUUUACUGGAUUAAACUAACGGGUUAACAUCUUAAUAACCUUCCAGGCUUGUGUAUAUCACAUGUGCUCCUUUUCCUAGAGAAAAAGCUAUUGUUCCUCUGUCAAGACUAAGCUAAUUGAUUUGAGCAGAAGGCUGUUGAAUUAGCAGAAGAAUGCUUUGGCAAUUGUUGAACUUUUUACCUGUCUGCCUAGUGGCUCAGCACAUCAUUCCUUUAAGAGGAACCAAAUGAAUAGGGUUAAUCUGUAGGGAACUUGGUCUUUUGAGUUUGAAAAACUUUGAUCUUUUCUCCUCUCCAAAUGUGCUGUAUAGUCUGAAGUUUCUUUCCCUGCGGCCCGGCUCCUCUUGGUGCAGACCAAUUGGCCACCGCGGAGCCUUAAAGUUCUUCCAUUAAAGGGAUGUGGGACUUUUACUUUAAAAAGGAGAGAGAGCGAGGGAGAGGAAGACUUGUAACAGUUAGUGCAGACCAGAGGCACAAGUGCGCGCAGCCUUUUAAACAGCUUUCCCCGGCAUUGUUAGCCAGCCUGCAGGCAGCUAGGCAUGGGUUGAAGCAUUAUAGAAAAGGGCUCUGAAUGCCCUACAGGUGGUCUGUGCACAUAAUCCCCCAAUUUAAAGCGUUUUCCUUUGCUGGACAAUUGCAUUACAAAACUCCCUUCUUUUUCGCUCCUAAUUGAACCAAUGAACUAUUAUAAACUACAAGUUUUUCGUAAAAAAAAAAAGAAAACCUUCAGUGCCUAAAUUCUAUUGACUAAAUUCUGGCAAGUUUUCUGAACCGAACCUUUUAAAGCACCGGAAGUAAAAGCUUCUUCAGCAGACAUUUCUCUUUUUCAGAUAUUUUUAUUCCUCUUGCUUGUUAUUUUCGGACAGAUUAGCAAUAAUUUAAAAGUAAUUGGUAAGGUUGUGUGUUCAGACUGAAAAGAUAGCCCCAGGUCCCUUAUUAACCUGUCAAUCAAGAUAAGAAAUGGGCAGCUACCCUAAUGAUGGGGGGCAUCAAACAUUG